GCAGGACUACAGCUCCCAGCAGGCCUUUCGGCUCUCCACAUGUGUCAGAGAGCUGCAGGCAGCCGCAGCAGCAUCAUGUCGGUGUUUAUGGAUCUGAACCUGAACUACACGGCGGAUAAAAGCCGCCUGCAGAGUCUGAUAGAGACGGCAGCUCACCUCGGUUUCUCUACAGUCGCCGUCAACUACGUGUUCGAACCUUCGGCUAAAAACAAAGGAAUUCCCUCCCCGACGCCGAUCAAUGAGCUGAUCGAUCAGCUGCCCAUCGUACAGGGUCGGUCUCGGCCAAUCACGGUGCUGAACAGACUGACCAUCGUGACGUCAGACCCCAGUCACUUUAGGCCGAACGCUGCAGAGUAUCGAUGUUUCGACCUGCUGGCGGUCCAGCCGACCUCCGAGAAACUCUUCCACGCAGCCUGUAUGAUGUAUGACGUUGACAUCAUCUGUGUGUCAGUAACAGAGAAACUCCCGUUCUUCUUCAAGAGAGCUCCGGUCAACGGGGCUGCAGACAGAGGUCUGGUGUUUGAGGUGUCGUACGCUGCAGCCAUCAGAGACUCCACCAUGCGACGCUACACCAUCGCUAACGCCGUCAGUCUGAUGGAGAGCUGUAGAGGGAAGAAUGUGAUCCUGUCCAGCGCAGCAGAGAAGGCUCUGGAGCUCAGGGGUCCGUAUGACGUCACCAACCUUGGUUUAUUGUUCGGUUUGUCAGACGGAGACGCAAAAGAAGCCGUUUCCUCCAGAUGUCGAUCAGUAAUACUACACGCAGAAACCAGGAAGACGGCGAGCGGCGUCGUCUACACUGUGAAGAGCUGCCAGCAGGAGGCGCCGCCGGCCGCCGCACACUGUGAAGCUCCUGCAGCCAAGAGAGCCAGACCUCACCUGACAGACUGACAGUGAUGGACAGGUCAGGUGGGCGGGGCUUCUGGAGGAGUCGACAUUUUUAUUUUGUUUGUUUUGAUCUUUUGUUGUUAAAACGCCACAAACAGGAUGUUUGAUUUCAGUGUGAAAGUUUCUGUUUUGAGUGUGAAUAAACACUGUGGAGCUGAA